AUGACCCACGCGCCUAUCGUUAUCGAGACAUUAGCGGACUCUACCGCUGCAGUCUCAACGUCAACUGCGGACGUAUUGGACCGUUACACUUACUGUAAGAAACUGCGUGAGAAUGUGAGGUAUAUUCAGCCUUUGUUGCUGCAAACACAUGUCGAGCAAGGAUUACUGUCGCGCACCCAAAAUAUUGGCCAGAUGAUUCGCUCACACUUUUCGCAUUCACAGUUCAUCGUAGUAUCACUCAAAGAAGGCAUGUUCAACAACGCGAAUGUGGUCUUCCGUACCAAGUUCGUUGAUGAUGUGUCCACGGUCUCUCGUACGGUUCCAAAAUCGCGUGCUCGGUAA